AUGUUUUCGGGAACGUAUUUUAAACAUUAUUCUCUUUUUUUAUUUCUGGGAGUUACAACCGUUUUAAUUUAUAUCUCAACGGAAAAUAAUUUCGAGGAUGAUUUGAAGGAAACAACGCAAAGUGUAAGUCAUAUCCAGCCUCAUACAACGAAAGUAGUGAAAUUUAGAAAUUUUGGAAGGAUAAAUAGGAAAUUGGAGAAACCUACAAACUGGAAAAUCAAUCCACAGGAAAAGAGCGUUUUUAAUCGAAUUCAGGAAACUUGUGCUAGAAAUAAUAUUACUAGUUUAUUGGAGAGGACUAAUUUUUUAUACGAUUUCCAACAUAAUGCUGUUUAUUGUUGGAUUCGAAAAGUGGCUUCAACAAGUUUUACGAAGAUAUUUUCUGAUAUGAAAAAUCGUCACGUUACUGACCAAUUUUACAGAGAAGUGGAAUUUUUAGCUCCAGAAAGUCUUGACUUAUUGAAGUCUUUAAAUAUGGAUCGAAACACUUUUAAACUUUUAAUUGUAAGACAUCCCUUCGAAAGACUCGUUUCUUCAUACAGAGACCGAAUAGCAGAUAAUUCUAAAUACACCGAUCAGUCAUGGAUAUACGUUCCGAAAAUAUUUUAUAUAACAAGACGAGAAUUAUUUCGUUCAAAUUCAACGACAGGUAGCUCUUUACAGAGAAUAUUUUACUCGGACAGAAGAUUGAAACUGGUUCCAACGUUCGAAGAAUUUGUAACGUAUCUGAUCCAAGAAUCUCCUUCAAAAUACGACCCACACUGGAAUCAAUAUUACAACCAUUGUUCUCUCUGCGAAAUAAAUUACGAUUUUAUUUUGAAAUUGGAAAAUUACACACCGGAACAACUCGAUUAUAUUUUUUGGAAACUAAAUUUGAUCAGCGGGAAGAAAUACCUGCCUAACUUACAAAAAUCGCGCGGAGGUCCUACAAACUUCAACCGGACCUGUGAAUAUUUCAAGAAAUUAUUCCCGGAAACUGUGAUUCAAUUGUACGAGAAAUACAAGAUCGAUUUCGAGAUGUUUGACUACAAAAUAGGAAACUACUUGGAAUGUUAAUGAACUACGCCCUUCCUUUAAAAAUGACACU